AUGUCAUCCAUUUUAAUUAUACACCGUCUCUGUGUGUUGUUCGGGCCAAAGGUCAGAGGUAUCAACAACAGCAACAUGACGCCUCUUUUCCUUGCCGUGUUUAGCUUAAUAGCGGCAUUUUUUCUUUGGUUACUUAUUGAAUGGGCUAUACGAUAUAUUAAUGGACAACAUGUACACAUACCUUUUGUAUAUAGACAGCCGGGAUUAUUUUAUCCCAUCAAGUAUCAUUUUUUCCGUUUCAUUCUUUGGCUGAGGAAACGGCAAAAUGAAAGGAAACAGCAACAUAAACUUGCAUCCUCUGCAGAUGCUGGGUAUGGAGUUCGUUCGAGAAAUUCACCUGACGACAUGGAUAAACUUCAAGUAUUGCCAAAGGAGGAACCCCUUGUAAGUUGUUCGAUGGUUAGACUAUUUUACGCUAAAUCAAAAUAAUUAUGCUUAUUACACUAACAUUAUGAAUCAUGAAGUAUGACUCCCAUUGUCGUGAAGUAAUUAAGUCAUUUUGUGUAGCCAGUGACAGUUUACUAACUCAAUUACUUUUAUUAGAAGAAACGACCACUCAAAUAAUUCCAUUGAAAAUUACGCAUAAGGAAUUGAAGCCAGUGGUCUGAGCUGAAGCUCUUAUCGGCCCCCAGAGUACCCCAAUUUGCAGAAUCUGUCCUCCUUUUCUAGAGGGGAGAUGCCCCGAAGCAGCUCCCUCUGGUCUAUGUGGUUAACAGCUCUGAGGAAAUCUUCGCAAGAAGGUGCCAGUGAAGAUCCCUAUCUGCCAAACACAAGGGUGGGGGAGAGGGCAUAGUAAUCUGCAGUAGGAAAUUCAAAAUCCAUCCCUUUCUAAGUAAGGUCAAAUAAAAAGGAAAUCACCAUUUUGGCUUUCUCAAGGGUGGUCGGUUGGUUUAUCGUUACUCCAUUAGUAUUAGGCUUAUUAGGGAGAAACAUCCAGAGUUGAGUAUAGAUCCUAGUAGUGUUUAAUUCUAAAGUGGUACUGGGCACUGCUGGCCAUUAUGUUAAACACCACUUCACAAAAUAUAACUAGUGAUGGUGAUGAAAUGGCUGCCUAAAUGACUGCCCUCAAUUCAACACAGGUUGCAAUUUUCGUAAUCGAUAGCACCUUUGUUAUCUAUGAUCCUUUACCCGCAGCUGUAAUCAUGUUCCCUAAACCCCUAGCUCCCAACAUCUAUGCUCUACACCUAUGUGACAAGGCUGAGUUAGGCAGGUGUCUACCCCUGAAGGUUUCCUAGGUCCUUGCAAACAUCAAAGACUUAUUCCACCUCAGCUGUAGGUUGCCAUGAUGAGCAGACUGCUCCCAGAGCAGGGGGAAUAAUUCCAUUGAAGCAUGCCCAUUUUAUGAUAAUUAUAAUUCUUGUUGAAUGAAUAAUAUCUUUGAAACUUGUUUUGUGUAAUUGAAUUCAUAAACAAAGUUUAAAAAGUUGGGAAAAGAAACUAGUCACAAGUUUUUGGUAUGAGAAAUACUUGUAAAGUGAAAAAAAGGAUAGAGCUUUACAUUAUAACCUUGUUUGAUGAAAUACCAAUAACAUAACAAUAAGAUAAUUUAGAAAUUGUAGCUAAUGCUAUGAUAUGGGAGUUAAUCUUAUUUAGAUUCUUUUGUUGAUGCCUCUGAUGUUCAAUGAAUCCAUGCUAUUACUAUUGACAUCUGUGAUAUCAUUAACUGUAAGUAAUUUUGUUGUUGACACUUUAUUUCUAAGGCCGUAGAUGCAGUGUACUUUAAUGGGGGUAAUUCCAGUGGUGUGUUCUUGGUGGCUGCAACAGCUCGAAGACAGGACAAUAUUGUUCAAACAAUACUUUAUAUACGAGUGAGUAAGCUUAUUAUAUAUGUGAUGGUAAAUCAAAAAUGUUUUGAAAAAGGGUUCAUGAACAAUUAAUGAUUAUGGCUAUAAGUAACAAUUCUCAUUUUAAUUUGUUUUAUAGAAUUUGAAAUAAUUAUUUUUUAAUUAAUAAUUUGUGUACUGGUAUUUGGUAUAAACCAAGCAGUGUCAUGAAGUUAGAGGUCAUAUAUAUAUUAAUUUAGGUACAAAAUGUGGCAUUUUAAUUUAAAGCCAAUAGUUCUUCUACUCAACACAACAAUUUAUAUUAUAGAAUUAGUUAAUGGAUUAAAAUUAAAGAAAUUAAUUUACAAGACAAAAAAAAAAAAUUAAUCACAAAUAUAUUAAAUGAUUUUUUUUAAAGAGAGAAAAUCAACUAAAGGGCAAGAGACUGCAUACAUUUACCCAUCUCACUGUAGUUCUUUGAACAGAAGAAAUAGAUUUUGAUGGACACAGGGUUUUCAGUUGUUAAAAUUGAACAUGCACAAACCUCACUGUGUUCAAACCUCAUGGUGUCCACACAUGCCCAGAAGAAUGCAUUUCUCCUUCCUUAAGUAAAAAAAAAAAUUAAAUAGUGCAGCCUAUUACAUUUUUUCAGCUUCCAAAUAUUGGGCUACUUGAAAUAACGUCCUUGCCAGACACACAUCUGACUGGCACAGACAAUGGAUCCUCAUACUCUGCUGGUGGCUUGACCAUAACUCCAGUCAAACCCAUGGACACCUGGAAUCUAAAAUUUGAUGGAAUUAUGAGGUAACAGUAAUCUGAUGGUUAACAGUGAAUCUUGCAGAAACAGUAAAUUAAUAUAAUUAUGAGGUAGCAAUAAACUGAUAAAAGAAUUGUGAUGUGUCAUUGAAAUGUUGUAUGUACUAAUGUCUGAGUGGUAGGCUUUGCUGAAAAUGUUACAUUUUGUGUUUAAUCACGGCCAGCUCCAAUAUUCGUUAUCUACAAAUUGCCUAGGGAAAAUAUAUCAUUAAAGUAAUUCAUCAGAGUAAUUUAAUAUCAAUUUAAAUGUAUAGGAUAGCAGAAACAAGAGAAAAAGUUAAUGUCAAAUUCGAUCUUGUCUGGAAAGCCAUCACCAAGCCGUUUGAUUUUGACACGGAUCUUCAUCCACACGUUAUGGCCGACGGGAUAGCCAGGGAGAGAUGGUCUCGGCAAUACUUUGAUACUCUUAAAAGGUAUGUUUAGGUGAUUUACUAUCAUGUCUUAGUGAGAUUUCUGCGACUAGCAGGCACGGUUUGACUAUGAGGCACUAGUCCUGUAAAUUUUAUCCACAUUAUUGUUUAGUUGUAUAAAUCUACGACUGGUGCAUCUAUGCCUGUUUGCCUUUUGAGACAGAGAAGAAAAGGAACUAAAAGAAAGACACCUAUUGUUUUAAACUUCUUGAAUUCCAGAAAAAAAAAAUUGAGUGAGCUUACACUGACAUUUUUCUAAAGUUCCGCGAAAUAAUCAGAAAUAUUCAAACUAAUUUUAUUGAAAUGGGCCAAGAAUAGCAAUGUGCUCUGACUUAUCAAAAGAAAAAUAAACUAAGUAAUAAAUAAAUAAACUGUCUAUCAUUUAUUCAUUUUCCAAGAGAUGUGAGUAAUUGUUCCAAUCCUAUUUUGAAACAAUAAAUUGUAUGUGAUGUGUUGCCAGAAUUAUGAUUUGAAUAAAGUUGUUGUUGUUUCAGAGCUCAUCAGACACAUUAUGAGCAGUUUGGAGAAAUUGUUGGAGUGGUACAUGUUUCAGGUCACCCUGACCAAGAGGUUAAAGUUCAGGGUGUCAGAGAUCACUCUUAUGGUAGGAUAAAUCAAAUUUAAAAUUGUAAAAAUUAAUUUGGGUAUUGCUGUAUAUUCAUGACAGUGGUGGAAGUGAUGUGUACACAUGCCCAAUCUGGCAUCAGUUUCUUUUCAGUCCCCUAUUCAGAUAUGGAGCAGGUGUCCAUGAACUUUUUAAACAGGGGGCUUGUUCACUGUCCUUAAUACAAGGUUGGGUGCAGGACUAUAGCUUUUAAAAAAUUUGAACUAAAUACUAAGUACUCAGUACAUAUUAUUAUCUUAUUUGCUUUGGAAAAAAUAGGAAAUAACAAUUUUAAUCAGAAUAAAUUUACUAGUAUUUCAAUUGGAAGUAUGGGCCUGCUUUAGUCUAGUGAGAUGGUCAAUUUCUGGUUCUAUAAUUGUCACUGCUACCCGGGUACCCAUAUGGCCAGGGCAUAGUUACAGUAUUUGUUGAUACCAUCUUUAUCCUUCCUCAAGUGUCCCUGAAUAUUUUUGUUGUAACACUAGUUUUGUUAUUUAGUAUAUUUUUUUCACCCAAAAAAUUAUUGACAAACCUAGACCCUGAUUUAUACUUUAUUAUCAUCAAGUUAUUAUUCUUCUUCUUCAGGUAACAUUCGUGACUGGAAAUUGUUCCACCGUUAUGUUCUCAACUAUGUACAUUUGGAAGAUGGAACUUCCCUUUGUGUUGGAGCAAUAUCAAUGCCACUAACAGUUUCUAGGUACACUCUAUGUGUCGUGCUCUGUAAGAGCUCCAAUAUAUCAUUUACCAGUUUUAAUCAAUAUUCAGGCUAAAUCAAAGAAUUUUUCAAUGGUCAAGUAAAAAGAAUGUCAAGAGUCCAAAUUUUACCCCACCCCCAAGUUUAAUGUCACCAGAAAAGACAUUAAUUCUGCUGCUGUUACCGGUAAUAUAUCUUUUCAUAGCAUCUGAUAUAGAGUUGAUUUUAUGGUAGCAAGUACUUCUUCAUCUUUAACAUUUUUAAACUGUAUCAACUAUAACACUGGUUUUUAACAACCUGCCAAUAAGUUAAUGUUUUUAUUGAUUUUAUGCAGAGUUCUUUGAUUAGAAAUUGCUCAUUGAUGUCAGUCAAUGGCCAGUUGUGGUCAUCAAUGGCCAGUUGUGGUCAAUCAAUUGCCAGUUGUGGUCAGUAAAUGGCCUGUUGUGGUCAUCAAUGGCCAGUUGUGGUUAUCAAUGGCCAGUUGUGGUCAAUCAAUGGCCAGUUGUGGUCAAUCAAUGGCCAGGUGUGAUCAGUCAAACAUUCUUUCAGAUGAUAAUAUGCUUACUUGAUGUAGCAAGGAAACUAUAUGCAGUAAAAAUAAAGUUUCCACCCUCCAUUUCAGGCUAGUUGUUGGGUAUGUCUUUCACCCAGAUGGUUCCAUGGACUCGGUUAGUAGCACAGAUUUUGAAUUUUUCAACUGGGGAGAUGAAACUGAACCACCCGAUAAGCUGAUCUUGAAAUUCACUGCAGGUUUGUUAAGUAUAAAUCUUGUCUUUGCUAUAAAAUUAGAGACUUAUGUGGGCAAUGUGCCACUAUUUUCAACUGCUUUUAUGUAACAUUUUAUAUACGGCAGUAUGCAACAAAUAGGAAUAAGAGAAUCCACUCUCAUAGUCAUAGUGUGACUGCUAUGGGUAACCCCAAGCACGUACACAUCCACGGUCAUUUAAAAUAACACACAGCUGUGUACUGGCCUAUAAUUUUAUGUUGGUUAUUUACACACGGGAAUAACCAUCCCUGCCCUGGGGUUGACCCAUGGUCAGCUCAGGACGCAGGUUCCAUGUGACUGUGUGUGGGGGGGGGGGGCGACCUGGGACUUGAGGUGUGUACAUUUUUGGGGUUGUGGUGUGGAACGGAUGCGUCGGGUUGGCGGCAUGUGUGUGAGAUUUUACUGUCGGCUCUGUCAACGGAUUGUACCUUACAUUAAAAAGCUAUAGUUCUCAGACUCCAUCCCUGCCCUGGGGUUGACCCAUGGUCAGCUCAGGACGCAGGUUCCAUGUGACUGUGUGUGGGGGGGGGGGGCGACCUGGGACUUGAGGUGUGUACAUUUUUGAGGUUGUGGUGUGGAACGGAUGCGUCGGGUUGGCGGCAUGUGUGUGAGAUUUUACUGUCGGCUCUGUCAACGGAUUGUACCUUACAUUAAAAAGCUAUAGUUCUCAGACCUGAUUGUUUUAUUGUGAUUUUAUUUAAACUGUAAGCUAUGUCACCACUCGGCUACACUUAGAACCAAUGGACUCAUGUAACCAACAAAAAACAAUGUCCUAGUUACACCAAUUUGUAAUUCUUUUUUAAAACAUAGAAAUGGGAAAAAAAUAACAACCCUUAUAUUUUUUUUAGGUCACACAAAUUUUUAUAUAUAUGAAUAUUUCAAGAUAAUUGAGUUUUGAUUUUAAUAUGACUGUGGCAUGCAUUGUUGAGUUUAGCCGAAUUCUGAUAUAUUCCUUUUUACUCAUAAUUUAUGUGUUAUAUAACACGCCAUGCAUCUGCUAAAUUACGUGCCAUUCAUCUGUUAUAAAAGGCACCCUUGAUAAAUAUAGAUAAAAAUGUCCUUGGGAUGAAAGAGUUUCAAAAAGCUUUACAUUUUUCAUGUUUUAAGGUAACAAAACUUACAACCUGAUGUCCACCAAAAUACAGUGUCCAGUGUUUUACAUGGGCCAAGAUUGGGAUGCCAAAAUUUAUGAAAGAUUCUGUAACUACCUGGUCAAUGGUGUAAAAGGCUGGGGAAUCAGUGAAUGGGACUACAGGUGA